UCUGAUUUUUCGAUAAAUCGCUAGGCGCUGAUCAUCCACACGCGUUGCGCCUAGCGAGUUUCCGAACAAAGCGCAUAUCCAUAGAUACGUGUGUCUUUGGAUGACUUAGAAAAAAGAGAGAUAAUGAUUUCCCGAAAUUAACUAAAGAACAAAACAAACAGAAAAUUUCCCAAGUAGAGAAGUCAGUAAAUACUAAAUAUAUUAAGGAGCAACAGAAAAGAUACCUUUAACUAGUAACAAAAAUAUAAAACAACUAAAAAAUAUUCGAAAAUUGUUUUCCUAUGAAAUAUAAACUUUAUAAACUUAUCGGGGCCGCCCCUUUCACUUACCUCUUCAUCUACCUUCUUCUUCCUCCUCCUUCUCGUACGUUUUUUCUAAUGUGGAGCUAGCAAAUCUAGCUAUCGAAAACCCUAACCACAAGCUCAACUUGAGAGCCUUCGACGCCAAUCACAAGAAAGUCAUGGGCCCGAUGAUAAGAACAGAGGAGGAAGAAGACUAUACGAGUCCACCGUGGCUAAUGCCAAUGCUACGAGGCAGCUACUUCAUCCCAUGUUCGAUCCACGCCGACUCUAACAAAAACGAAUGCAACAUGUUCUGUCUCGAUUGUGCUGGAGCUGCUUUUUGCUCUUACUGUUUGGUCAAACAUAAAGACCAUCGUGUUGUUCAGAUAAGGAGAUCUUCUUACCACAACGUGGUGAGAGUGAAUGAGAUACAAAAGUACAUAGACAUCUCCUGCGUUCAGACAUAUAUAAUCAACAGUGCAAGGAUCGUGUUCCUCAAUGAAAGACCUCAGCCAAGAAUCGGAAAAGGUGUUACAAACACUUGUGAAAUAUGUUGUAGAAGCCUUCUUGAUUCUUUCCGGUUCUGCUCUCUUGGUUGCAAGCUCGGGGGAAUGAAGAGAGGAGAUCAAAGUCUGACCUUCUCUAUGAAAGGGAAACACGGGAGAGACUAUCAAGGUGGGUUGGAAUCAGAUGAGGCUACCACACCAACUAAACUGCGUAAGACGAAAGCUUUCAACCGUCUGAUGAAUGGUCUCUCGAUCUCUACCGUUAGGUUUGAUGACUAUGGUCCAGGUGGUGAUCAACGGUCUCCAAACUCUGGCGAUGAAGGUGGUUUCAGUUUCUCUCCUGGAACACCUCCGAUAUAUAAUCAUCGGAAUUCAAGCAGACGAAAGGGGAUUCCGCACCGUGCUCCGUUCUAAAAAAGUUACUUAAUUACAACCCCGUAUUAAGUAUUAUAAAAAAUUAUUAAUACUUAAUAAAUUAGUAUAUAAAUAGAAAAUGGGGUAAUAAUACGCGUCAAUAUUAUAAUGUAUAACUCUUGGGGUAAAAUCUAGGAUGUAGUCAUAAAGUUGUACAUGGCAGUCUUCUUUUUUAUAGUUUCUUUUCAUAUAAGAUAAAGGAAACAAGACUAAGCACAUACAUAGAUACAUUUUUAUAUAAAUAUAGAAGAAUUUAGGUUAUAUAGUUUUGAUGUUCGCUUUGCUUAAAAGCAUAUGGCUUUGUGUUGUGUUGUAAUGUAAUGUGUAAAUUAUUUUUGUUCAUACUGUAAUAAUACGAAGUAAAACUGUAAUAACAGGAGUAUAUAUAAACGCUGAUGUGUUGUCUAGUGCAGCUAAUGUCUUCGCCAUUGUGUAUAGAAUUUAAAGGGUGAGGUCAUACCUAAUAGUCCACCUAUCCUUACUUGAUUUUAAACUAUUUUAAGAGAGUAUAUAAUUGAAAUGGUGAGGUCAUCAUAUACUUAUAUAUGCAUUUUGUGUCUUAAAAGUCGUAAGAGUGACACAGAAAUAUAUUGUUUUCAAUAAUGUUGAUUGAUUUGUUAUAGCUUGACGUUAUCAAGAAGAAUAUUGUAAUAGUACGCCAAGGAAUGUUAUUUGUAUCAACGAUCAACAUACUUUUAAAAAAGUAAGCUAGUGGAUAGCCGUGUGGAAUCUGAAAGGCUGUGAUUCUCCGCCACCAUUAAGAUACGGGUGUUCAUCACCUUUAUAUGGCAUCUUAUUCAAUGUCAUAUUAGCUCUAGUAAUCCACGAAUCAAUUUUGAUUAUUUUCACUAUUUGAUCAUUUUAUUAUUCUGCUUGUUGGUGAUCUUGCUCCUGUUUGUAACUUAUCAAAGAAAAUAACUAAAAUGAUAAAUUUAUACAGAGGCCUAAUUGAAACUGUGGAGGCCACCACAACGUAUAUGCAUAAUUGGUUGAUCGCUGUCCAAGUCUAUAAAUAGAAAGAACAUAUACGUACCGACAUAAAUUUUCAUUACUUUUUAGUCGUAUUUGAAUAAAACCGUGACAGCCAAUAGGGAACGCUCUCUCUCUUCCCUCUGUUCUCCCUUUAAAAUCUUAUACAAAGGUAAUGACGAGAGACGUUCAUGGUUGCCGGUUUCUUCUCCGGCUCUGACUCCCGGUGAUCGGGCUUCGACUCCGGCAAGCGGCGGCUUCUUCAGCGACGACUUGGCCGGUUUAUCUUCCAGCAAGCGAUGGCUCCUUCAGACUUGCUUGGCUGGCUUUGUCUCCGGCAUGCGAUGGCUUCCACAGCACCGUUCAUGGCCGGCUUUUCGUAUAACUUUCAUCGCUCAUCUCCGAUGUCUGUUAUUGUUCAGAUCUGGUUUUUUUAGUUUUUCUCUCUUGAGCGUUUACAAAUCUAUCACCGUUGUCAUUUGUUCUAGUCUCGAGCUUCCUGUUCCGGUGUGUUCCGGUGGAGUGCUCGAUUAGACAUCUGACGAUGAUCUCCGAGCCGGUGAAGUCGACGGCGUCUCUGCUUCUGAGCCACCUGGUUCUCCUUUGCUUUCGGCAAGGCACGUGGCUUUGUGCUGUCACGCGGAGAUGCAUCUUUCAUCAUUUGGGCUUUUAUGGUUGGGCUGUAUGAUGUGUCCCUCUUUUAUAAUUUCGUCUGGGCCUUGUUCUUUUUAGGCCUCUUUUUCUUGUUCUUUUGUACUUUGUUGACCGUUUGGUCAUAUCAAUGAAACGAGAUGACAAAAAAAAAAGAAUAAAACCGUGACUAUUUUUAAACUAUCAUU